AUGUUGGACGUUCAUCGUUGGGGAGGUCAAGGUUCUUCUGGAGAACCCCCCCACGUUGGAUGUUCAUCGUCGCGGAGGUCAAGGUUCCUCUGGAGAACCCCCCCACGUUGGACGUUCAUCGUCGUGGAGGUCAAGGUUCUUCUGGAGAACCCUCCCAUAUUGGACAUUCAUCGUCACGGAGGUCAAGGUUCUUCUGGAGAACCCCCCCACGUUGGACGUUCAUUGUCAGGGAGGUCAAGGUUCUUCUGGAGAACCCCCCCACGUUGGACAUUCAUCGUUGCGGAGGUCAAGGUUCCUCUGCAGAACCCCCCUGUGUCGGACAUUGAGCAUCAUGGGCAUCAAGGUUCCUCCAGAACCCCUCCAUGUUGGACGUUCAUCGUCAUGGAGUUCAAGGUUCUUCUGGAGAACCCUCCCAUAUUGGAUGUUCACCGUCAUGGAGAUCAAGGUGCUCCUGGAGAACCUCCCCACGUUGGACGUUCACCAUCAUGGAGAUCAAGGUGCUCCUGGAGAACCUCCCCACGUUGGACGUUCACCAUCAUGGAGGUCACGGAACCUCCCCACGUUGGACGUUCAUCGUCUCGGAUGUCAUGGUCCUCCUGGAGAACCUCCCCACGUUGGACGUUCACUGUCAUGGAGGUCACGGAACCUCCCCACGUUGGACGUUCACCAUCAUGGAGGUCACGGAACCUCCUCACGUUGGACAUUCAUCGUCUCGGACAUCAUGGUCCUCCUGGAGAACCUCCCCACGUUGGACGUUCACCAUCAUGGAGGUCACGGAACCUCCCCACGUUGGACGUUCACCAUCAUGGAGGUCACGGAACCUCCCCACGCUGGACAUUCAUCGUCUCGGACGUCAUGGUCCUCCUGGAGAACCUCCCCACGUUGGACGUUCACCAUCAUGGAGGUCACGGAACCUCCUCACGUUGGACAUUCAUCGUCUCGGACGUCAUGGUCCUCCUGGAGAACCUCCCCACGUUGGACGUUCACCAUCAUGGAGGUCACGGAACCUCCCCACGUUGGACGUUCACCAUCAUGGAGGUCACGGAACCUCCCCACGCUGGACAUUCAUCGUCUCGGACGUCAUGGUCCUCCUGGAGAACCUCCCCACGUUGGACGUUCACCAUCAUGGAGGUCACAGAACCUCCCCACGUUGGACGUUCACUGUCGUGGAGGUCACGGAACCUCCCCACGUUGGAUGUUCACCAUCACGGAGGUCACGGUGCUCCUGGAGAACCUCCCCACAUUGGAUGUUCAUCAUCAUGGAGGUCACGGUGCUCCUGGAGAACCUCCCCACAUUGGACAUUCAUCAUCAUGGAGGUCACGGUGCUCCUGGAGAACCUCCCCACGUUGGACGUUCACCAUCACGGAGGUCAAGGUGCUCCUGGACACCUGGGUCCCUUGGACAUUGGGGUGCCCACCACCCCCCCCCAAGACACUGGGGUUCCUGCCUUCCUCCCCUCCCCCCCCCCAGCCCUGUUUGGCUUCGUUAGGGCCCCCCUCGUUAACGGCAGCGGGGAGCCCCCUCAUUAAAGCUGCAGACGGUGCCAA